GUUGGGUAGCUGCUCUUCCCCAAUAAGAAUGCCAUCUCAACCUGCUCCGUCGAUGCACAUCUGCUACUCGUAGAAUACAAUACACACACACAACAAGCAGCCAGCCCAAGGAGAGCCACGACCGAGUCGGCAGCAAUGGCGGACCUCGCGGUCGGCUUGGCCAAAUCGGUGGUGGAGGGGGCGUUGACCAAGGCCCAGUCGGCCAUCGAGGAGGACUCCAAGCUGCGGCAGAGCGCGCAGCGCGACCUGGUGUUCAUCACUGGCGAGUUCCAGAUGAUGCAGUCCUUCCUGAAGCUCGCGGACGACGAGCGCACCAGGAACAUCGUGGUGAGGACCUGGGUGCGGCAGAUCCGGGAGCUGGCCUACGACGUGGAGGACUGCAUCGAGUUCGUCCUCCACCUCGACAAGAAGUCCCAGUGGUGGCGCCGCCUGCUCCCGCCCUUCGUGUCGGCCGCCAGGCAGCCGCUCGACGAGGCCAUCGCCGAGAUACGGCAGCUCAAGAUCCGGGUCGAGGACGUGAGCUCCAGGAACGCGCGCUACAGCCUCAUCAGCGACUCCGGCUCCAAGCCCGUCGUCGUGCACCAGCAGCCGCCGGCGGCGGCCCGCGCCGCGAUGGGCGCCACGGCGUUCCACAUGCUCGUCGAGGCGACGGACAUCGCGAAGCGGCAAUAUGGGGAUCUCACCCAGCUCAUCACCAAGAAAGACAACGGUUUUCAGGUGAUCUCGGUGUGGGGGACUGGCGGCGAUCUUGGGACGCUAUCCAUCAUCAGGAAGGCGUUCGAUGAUCCAGAAAUUUGCCAAAACUUCACCUGCCGUGCCUGGAUCAAACUCGUCCACCCUUUCAACCCCCACGAGUUCAUCCGGAGCUUGAGGGUUCAGUUCUAUGCAAACUCUUGCAAAGAACCAGAGUCAAUCAUCGGUGCAGGGGUCCUUAGGAUGAUGGAGGCUACUCAAGACGAUCUGGAGAGAUUCAUGAAGGAACUCAACAGCAAGAAGUACAUCAUCGUCUUAGAAGAUGUGUCCACCAUUGUAGACUGGGAUGCUGUCAGAAUGUUUAUUCCCAGCAGUAAGAAUGGCAGCUGUAUCAUUGUGUCGACUCAGCAAUCCGAAAUAGCAAGCGUCUGUGUGGGGCAUUCAUACCAAGUAUUGGAGCUGAAGCAGUUCUCCACCGAGCACUCGGUUUAUGCCUUCACAGAGGGAUCUCAAGGUGAUGGAAUUAAAGCCGAGGAGAUAUCCACAGAGCAUGAAGCGAGACCUGACACAAUUCUCACCUCUAAAAAUGAUGCAGCCCUUGAUUGGAUGGAGAAGUACCCCAUCACUGGACGUGAGUCAGACAUGAAUGAGCUUCGUCAAUACACAACUAAAGCACGUUUUAACUCUUUCCAUGUUAUAUCCGUAUGGGGGAUAGCUGGCGUUGGGAAAUCAACUCUCAUCAGAAACUUGUUCUGUGACAAAAUUCUUCACACAACCCUGUUUGAAAAGUAUGGUUGGGUGGAUGUAUCACAUCCGUUCAAUUUAAGGGACUUCUGUCGGAGCUUAUUAUUGGAUUUUCAUUCUGAAUCACUUGAAGCUACGGAGGUUGCUUCCAACAACAUGAUAAGAAUCAAAAACCCCAUUCAGGAGUGUGGUGAUCUUCUGGAUCAACAUCGUUGCCUCGUCGUUAUUGAUGAUCUGCAGUCCAAGGAAGAAUGGGACAUGAUAAAAGCUGCAUUAUUGUCUAGAUCAUCUAAAAGUGUUAUCAUUGCCAUUACAACCGAAGCAAACAUUGCCACAUGUUGCGCGGAUAAGGAAGACCUUGUAUUUAAUGUCAAAGGUCUUCAAGCCAAUGCAGCCUUUGAUCUCUUCCAUCAGGAGGUGGUUAGGAAAAACCCAUUGUCCGCUUUGAAGAAUCUCAAAGAAGAACCGAAGCUAAAAGAACUUAUUCUCAAGUGUGGUGGGCUUCCACAAGUAAUAGUUGCAAUAGCUGGUGUAUUGGCCAAGAAGACAGUCACACUAAUGGAUACCGUAGAUUCUACCAAUGACAGAUUCAUGCACACACUGGAAACCAACCCAGAGUAUGACAGUCUACGGGGCCUGUUUGGUUGGAUGUAUUCCUACUUCCGUAGCUGCCCAGAUUCCCUCAAGCCAUGCAUCUUCUACAUGUCACUUUUCCCCCGAGAUCACAGCACUCGAAGGAGACGUGUGGUGAGGCGGUGGGUUGCGGAGGGCUACUCUCGGGACAGUGAAGACAAAUCAGCAGAGCAAAAUGGGGAGGUGUUCUUCUCCAAGCUCCUCGAUCUGAGCAUAAUCCAGCAAGCGCCACAGCUAGUCACCACUGCAUUGGGUGACACAAGGAUGAUCUCAUGCCGUGUUAAUGGUUUCAUCCGUGAAUACAUCGUCUCACGGCGGAUGGAGGAGAACCUUGUCUUUGAGCUGGAGGGCUGCUGCGACAUGACCACGCAACGCACGGGGCGUCACCUCAUCAUAAGGGAGAGCUGGGACAGGGACAAGAUCGUGUUCCAGAGUAUGGAUUUCUCGAGGCUACGGUCACUAACUGUGUUUGGGAAGUGGAAACAAUUCUUCGUCUCCGAAAGCAUGAAGCUGCUCCGGGUUCUUGAUCUAGAGGAUGCAUUGGGUGUAGAGGAUGCUGAUCUUGAGAAAAUGCUGAAGCAGCUCCGUCGUCUCAAGUUCCUCUCGCUGCGAGGAUGCAGUGGGAUCCACAAUUUGCCAAGCUCAUUAGGUGAUUUGAGGCAGCUCCAGACUCUUGAUAUCAGAUGCACCUCCAUACUGAACCUGCCAGCAAACAUCACCAAACUACAGAAGCUGCAGUACAUUCGUUCUGGCACCUCUGUUCAGGCAGAAGAAUCAUCAACACCAUGUCUUUCAGUACCCCAACUCUGCGGACGUCACCUCCUAGUUGGUGUUACGGUGCCUGGAGGAAUUGACAAACUGACAGCGUUGCAUACACUCGGUAUUGUCAACAUUGGCGCAUCAGGGGGGAAGGCCAUCCUCAAAGAGCUGAAGGACCUCACCCAAUUGUACAAGCUCGGAGUGUCCGGCAUCAACAAGAGAAACUGCAAGAAGUUCUCCUCUGCAAUCUCAGGUCACGUCCAUUUGGAAUCCUUGUCGGUCCAACUGGACAAGGACAGUCCAGGUUGUUUGGCUGGCAUCUCCCUGCCUUUGAAGAGCCUGCAGAGCCUUAAACUGCAUGGGCCCGUCGAGAAGUUGCCAGUUUUGAAGAUCGACGAGCUUAGCAAGCUGACAAAGUUGGAUUUGGAGAUGACCAUGUUGACAGAGGGUGACAUAAAGCUCAUCGGGAGUCUACCAAAACUAUGUACUCUUCGUGUCAAGCUACUCCAAGAUAGUAACCUCCAUUUUUGUGCAAUGGAGAAUGGACUUGAGUUGGCCACUUAUCAAAAGAUCAAGACCCUCGAAAUUGCUUGCAGCUUCAGUUUACGCGUUGCCUUUGGUUCAGAAACAAUGAAAAAUCUUGAGCUGCUGAAGGCUUGUUGCAGUGGUUUGUCAGUGCAGUUCAUUGGCCUAGAGAAUCUCACUGGACUCAAGGAAGCCUUGCUGUAAGGGCAUCUCCGUGUGUGUAUCCUAACUGGACCUCCAAACAGGGCAUAACGUGUGCUAAAUGCAUAAAGGUUAAAUCUGUCCAUAAGAUGGGCCCCACCUGGUAAUUGUGGCCAUAGGGUUGUAACUAGAAUUUAUUUUUAAGGCUUAAUAUAUUAUUGUUGUAAUGAACAAUACUUUUUAUAUCUUAUGACCAUGGACUACCCACAAGCUUGGUCUGCCCUCAAA